GCAAGACAGGGACAAAUAGCGAUUGCUCGGAAAAGUCGGAAAAUCGAUAACGCUUCAUGCGAUACAGCUGAUGGAGGCGAAAGGUUAGAAAACUCUUGGAUUUUCAGAAAUUCAUUCCAAAUUUUCUCUGCAAAAGUGGAAAUUGGUGGUGGAAAGAAGACGCAAAAGACUGGAAAAGUUGCGAAUUAGCAUGGAUACUUCCCUGUAAAACUUCAACAGUAGAAUAAUUUCCGUAGAAAUUGCUUUUUCCAACUGAACAGCAAUGGACUCAAUGGGCUUGGGCUAUUCCUACCACCUUCCAUCUGGUGGAUUUUUUCAGCGUGUCCGGAACACUCUGUCCCUGGCACAAUUCAGUGAUCUCUUCAGUGAGUUCAAUGAAUAUAUCGCACCGGCAUAUCAUCAUGAUCGCUGCGAAAGAUCUGUCCACAUGCGCCUCUAUUCCAUGAACAAGCGAGAGUUUGUGAUGGUCUUUAUGGCUUUCUUUGCCUGCUUCGGAUUGGGCAUUUUUAUUGGAUUGGCAGGACCACCAAUAACAACAACCACCGAAAUCACAGCCACUUCCAUCCUUCCCAAUGCUUCAGCCAUGGAGAAUAAGCUCAUCAUGGCCACUGGACCUUUUAGCAUGCGAAGUCCCCUCAUGACAAUGUACGCCCAACAAUUGUGGCUCAUUGCACAAAUCUUCACGGACAACAGAGACGACGAAGCUUACGACAAAAGCUUCCAAGUCAGCCUCUCCAUCGACGGACUCACAGCAGAUCACAAACCUGUGCCCAUUCUCUACGGCGAGAGCGUGAAAAACAGGACGAGACAUUUGGUUUGCGAACGCAACACUUGCGAAGAGUUCACAGUUCUCCAUUUGGGCUUUUUGGACUACGCUCACUACAUCGUUACCAUCAGAUUCUCGGGCUUGGAGUCAGUUCAUCGGAGGUACAACAUUAAACAAAUUAAGUUUUUUUUCAAAACGUACAAUCCAGCAUUCACUCAGAUUGAGAUUUGGUUCAGAUUCAUCUUCCUGCUUUUCACCUUCAUCGUUACGUGCUGGUACGCCCAUACCCUGAGAAAGUAUUCAGCAAAUCAAUGGUCAAUUGAGCAGAAAUGGAUUUCCGUACUGCUUCCUCUUCUUCUUCUUUACGAUAAUCCUCUCUUUCCGCUCAUCUUUCUGAUGAACUCUUGGCUUCCGGGAAUGGUAGAUGCUGUCUUUCAGGCUACUUUCCUCUGUGCUCUACUUAUGUUCUGGCUGUGCAUGUAUCACAGUCUGAGGCAGAAUGAGCGUCGUAUCCUGACAUUCUACGUGCCCAAGUUGAUCGUUGUGGCGCCCAUUUGGCUCUGUGCCAUUGUCCUGGCCACUUGGGAGAAAUGCAAUGAAUUGAGGGAUCCAACAUACAGUCACUUUGUCGAUACGGGCAAUUACUCUUCCUUCAAGAUCUUCUUCUAUCUGGCAGGAGGUGUCUACAUUCUGUACUUGGGCCUCUUGAUACUCAGGGCUUACAGUGAAUUACGUUCAAUGCCGUACUUCGAUAUGCGUUUGAAAUUUCUAACUCUCCUGAUGCUCUUUGUCGUUAGUAUUUCGUUAACUGUAACUAUGUAUCGUUUUGGAUUUGGUAUCCUGCAGGAUAAUUUUAUGGCCACCUUGAAGACAACUUACAAGAGUUCAGCACAAUUUAUGUGCUUCUAUGGACUCCUCAACUUCUACCUCUUUACAAUGGCUUAUGUUUAUUCGCCUCAUGAUCGUCCUGUUCAUGGUAAAUUUGAUACAGGAAUAUUUAUCAGUAGAAUACCUCAAAAUACUUUAAUUUCAGAACCUGCCAUCACGAAGGACAAUCCAGCCUUCUCCAUGAUCAAUGAUUCUGACGAGGAUGUCAUCUACGGAUCAGAUGAUGACAGCAGGAGACCUCUGAAUUCAGCCGGUGGCAAAGGAAAUGACUAUGAUAGUGACUAAAGUCAUCCUCCUGAAUCCGUGAGGCCAGAGAGAGAGUCGUUCAGUUAACUCCAGGUAAGAGUGAUUUUGAACGAAUUUUUUCCAGGAGAAAUCUUCUCCUGAAUUUUGAGAAUGUGAAUUUGACCAGUAAACUGAACAUUUUGUUGUAAAGUGGACAAUUUUUCGUGUCUAAUAUUGCGUAAGUUUUAGGAUAAUUUAUGCAGGAGUCAUUCGAAUAAAACAGGCCAAAAAAUCCUUAUUUUAACCCCUUGAUGUAAAAGAAAAGCCCUUUUGGUGUUAAACAUCAAUUAAAAUUUAGUCUCAUAAGAAUAAAGUUAUCUAAUAUUUAUUGUGAA